AUGGAACCAAUGGAUACCCAAGAUUCCAAUAUGGAAACUGCUGAUGAAGCUAUUUCAAACUCAGAGCAAACUGCUACUGCUACACCUGCAGUUCCAGUUUUACCGCAUUUGCAACAACAACAGCAACAGCAGGAGCAGCCAAGGGUAGAUUAUGAACAAGAGGCGCAGAAACUAGAGGAUAAAGCAGCCAGGUUUUUGGCAAAACAGGCUCAUCCUGUUAUAGUGCCAUCGUUUUCGUCUUGGUUCCAGUUUAAUGAAAUCCAUCAACUGGAAAAAAGAGCUUUACCUGAUUUCUUUAACGAAUCUUCAAGGUUUAAAACUCCAAAAACAUACAAGGAUGUUAGAAACUUUAUGAUAAAUACUUACAGGUUAUCUCCAUACGAAUAUCUUACCGUUACGGCGGCAAGAAGGAAUAUCGCGUUGGAUGUUUCUUCAAUUGUUAAAAUCCACAAGUUUUUAGAAGAAUGGGGCCUCAUUAACUAUCAGAUAGAUCCAAGAUCCAAGCCAUCUCUGUUGGGCCCGGCAUUUACUGGGCAUUUCCAAGUUGUUCUAGAUACUCCUCAAGGUUUAAAACCUUUUGUUCCUCCUGAGGUUGUUGAAGUUCCUAUUGAAACUCUUUCGAGCAGUACAGCACCACCAACCGCUGAAACAAACUCUACGGAAGAUGAGCCAGGGACCGCUGCAAGCACGGUUACUGUCCCAUCUUCUGCACCUAAGGUGAAGAUGGAGUUUAAACAACCCAAGCCAUUCCCGGUAAAUCUUUCUCUCAGGAAGAAUAUAUAUGAUUCGAUACACGAUUUCAAUGCCCUUCGCUCACAGCAACAGCAAUCGAAACAGAUCCAUAAGACCUAUGUGUGUUUCACAUGUGGAAAUGAUGCAAUAAGUGUGCGUUACCACAACCUGCGCUCUGGUGAUAGCAAUUUAUGUUCUCGUUGUUUCCAGGAAGGGCACUUCGGUGCUAACUUCCACGCUUCUGACUUUCUAAAGUUGGAUAACAUAGCACAUAGUAGCAAGCACUGGUCCGAUCAAGAACUUCUACUGCUACUAGAGGGAAUUGAGAUGUAUGAGGGCAACUGGGAGAAGAUCGUAGACCAUGUUGGUUGCUCAAAAACGUUAGAGGAAUGUGUCGAAAAAUUCCUCACUCUCCCAAUUGAAGAUAAGUACAUUAAUGAGUUUGUCCAACAAGACCCGAAAACCGAUACUAAAGCUCAAAACCUAGAUACAGUUGAUGCAGUUAAUAUCACCAUCAAGGCGCUGUUGGAUGGCCUCAAUGAUAAAGUAUUACACGAUGACAUCCCGAAAUCGGCCAGCAAAAUUUCUAAAAAAUACCUGGACGAGGCUCAUAUAGUUACUCACGACCUCAUCGAGCUAACUUUAGAAAAACUAGACCUAAAGUUUAAACAGCUAGAUUCCGUCGAAGCUGCUUUAAAAGUGGAACGAGAUAAGUACACAAGGGAAACAGAAAAACUAAGAAAUGACAGACUUUCUUUAAGUAAGCAGGUGGCGGAUAUCAAUAAAGAUCUAGCUCAACUUAACAUAUCGAAGAAGCUAGUGUUACUUUCCGAACAGGCUGAUUCCGGUGUUGCCUUAGUCGAGAAGGAAUCAAGCGCCAACCAAGAAGAAUUAAAGAAGCUAGCCCAACAAGAUUUAGAAAGCGUUUCAAAGUCCCACCAGCAGCUAUACAAGCCCUGGUCGCUGUAA